GCGCGUCGAGCGCAAGCAAUCUCAGUGACGAUGGCGAGCGUGGACACGGACGCCCUCCUCGUCGUGACGGACGCCUUCCUCAAGCAGGGGCGGGAGCUGGCCGAGGCGCGGCGCGAGGUGUACCGCUUGCUGCUGGAAGAGGCGUGGCGGGCAGCCAUGCGAAGUCGCCACUACCUGACGGCACAGUGCCUCGAGGCACCAUGCAACUCGGCCUGGAUGCUCCUCUACCGAUUUGGGAGCGAUGUCAACUUUAUAAACGCGACGAGUCUCACCAGACCUGCUUUCGAGCAGUUGCUGCGAAGGUUUUCGCGCUUCUACUUCAUCCCCAAGGCCAUGUUGCGCGGCCGCCCGCCCAAGCUACGGUACCACCAUCAAGUCCUGGGACUGGUGCUCUCGUUCUACGUCGGCUCGAUGGAGCAGAGCUCGCUGUCCAUGCUCUUUGGCGUGCCCCCGAGCACGCUCUCGCGCAUCCUGUGUCGUGCAGAGGAGGCGCUGUCCAAGGCGCUCCAUGGGUACGCUCCGGCGCGCAUUUCGUGGCCAUCACCAACGCGCCAAGCCGAGCUGGCAAAGCUCGUCGAGGCACGGGAGCCCCUGCUCAAGUACACUUUUGGUUUCAUCGAUGGCAAGAACUUCAAAGUGCAGCAACCUUCCGACGCAGAUCUUCAAAAUGCUAUGUACAAUGGAUGGCUACAUUCUGUUUUCGUUACAGGAACUAUCUGCUUUGCGGCCGACGGCUGCAUAUCUGGAGCCGACACAACUGUCCGGGGCCAUGGAAUGACUCGGACACGUCGCUCGGCUUUAGGUUGAAGCUACUCAAUCCAGCCUUUUGCCCGGACUCGAGGAUGAACGUCGUCUCCGACUCCGCUUUCCCCUGUUCGACAGCUAUGGCGGGGCGCAUUCUCACACCCCUCAAGGACGGAGACCUCGAGCGGAUCCUGCCCUCGCUGAGGGCAUCGGCGCGCAU